AUGGGAUCUACUAGCACCGACGUUGUGCCCACAGUGGCGCAGAAAACACGGCUUAUCCGGAGAUCGCGAGAAGGCUGUGGAAACUGUAGACUGCGAAAAGUUAAGUGCAAUGAAGCGAAGCCUCAGUGCCAGCCCUGCUUGUCCUACGGCGUGGUAUGCAAUUAUGACAAGGAUGUCAUGGACUUAAAAUUACCGAAGGAGUUACAACAUCUAUGGCUGGCGCAGGAACUCUCCCCAAGGGUGCCUUUGAAAGACCUGAUAUCAACCGAAGCUGCUCUGGAGACGCACAGUGUUCCGCUUGAACUAGAUGCUAGCUCGCUAGGACUUCUGAGCCAACUUUACCACCAAAUGAAACUCACUUCUGUUUUCCCCGUGGCAGAUAUAUUCCAAUUAGCACAAGAGUAUCCAUUUCUGAUGCAUGCUGCAUUAGCAUUAAGUGCUGCCCAUGACCGGUAUCUCUCCAGGGCAAUGCGGAGUAGCCAAGGCCGGACGAUGAACGAGAUGGCCCAUGGCUUUCAGUGUACAACUCUGCUCAAUCGUACGUUAUGCCAUGAGAUUUCUCCCGCACACCGCGACCCAAUAUGGGCUACUGCAUCGUUUUUAAGCAUUCUAUCCUUUUUGGCCCUUGACGAAUGCGACCCUUCCAAGGCAUGGCCCUUUAAACCCUCGGAGUCGGAUGACAUGAAUUGGCUCCGCCUGGGCGACACCAAAUGGAAACUCUUCCAGCUCACCCAACCAACUCGACCGGAUAGCAUCUUCUACUCAAUGUCGGACACCUACCAGAAGAUGCGGGCAUACAAAUCUACUGGUACCAUUCGCAGCAUUUCUCCAGAGCUUCAAGUUUUAUGCAGGCUUGAUGAAUGCGCUCAACCUGAAACAAGCCCUUACUUUGAAGCUGCUGAAAUCAUCACCAGGCUGAGCAAAUGGCGGGAUUUUGAGAUUCCCUUUACCGAAGCGAUGGCGUUCAUUAUUUACACCAGCCCUUCUUUUAAAAGUCUUCUUUUAAUGAAGGACGCCGCAGCAUUAGUGCUACUUGCAUUGUGGUAUAGCAAGGCGAGUAGGACCAUCUGGUGGGUUGAUCUUCGGGCUGCCACUGAACUUGAGGCUAUAUGCAUGUACUUGCGACAAUAUCACGCUGAUGAUUUGACCAUCAUGAGUUGUCUCCGAUAUUGCUCUGGAAAGGAACGAGCACUGGAGUUGCUUUGUUAA